UCUGCUCUGCUCGGCUCUGCUUGGCUCUGCUUGGCUCUGCUCCCCUUGCACGCUACAGAGUUGCAACAUCUUGGGUGUGUUUGCCGUCAAAAUUUGUUCUUGAGCAGGAUGAACACCGCAGCCAUGUACCCGCCCGUGGCCGCGCCCACCAACACAUUCCCCAACAUGCCCGGGUACGAGAGCAUGGGCCAAGGCGGAGGCUUCCUGCCGCCCCCCAUACCCGUGGAGCCGGUGGCCCCGCCCCAACCGGGCCCCGAGGCCGACCACUGGAGCAUCCCGUCCUUGUCUGAGGACGCCGCACGCGAGGCCUUCCAGAGCUUCGUCGCGUCCAACUGUUGCUACAGCAAAGCGCCAGCCAACGACGGAGUCAUCACACAGAUGGAGCCCUUCAACACCUACAGGUAUCGACUAGAGACUUUCACUGAAUCUAGAUCAACCGAGUGGGGCAGCAAACCUCAUGAAGGCGAGGCGCCGGACUUCUACACCCAGACGGCCCCCCGUCCCUGGGAGAUUCAGGCCACGCCCCCUAACAUGUUCGACAAUCACACGGAGCUCAUCCGCGUGCCUUACACCUCCUCCAUAAAGGAUUGCCACGACUGCAAUGGGACCGGUAAGAAGCCAUGCGAGGAGUGCAACGGAAGCGGACAUAAAGCGUGUUGGGUGUGUAACGGCUCGGGCACCAAAGACGAUCAGAACUGCUCCCACUGCAACUCUACAGGCAAAGACAGAUGCAGGAAGUGUGACAGUCGCGGCUACGACAAUUGUGAGACGUGCAAGGGAAAGAAACAACUGCUGACCUUCAUCCAGCUCAAAGUGGAGUGGACUAACCAUGUCGAAGAUCACGUGUUGGAGCAGAACAGCGGCUUGAAGAUUGACAACCUGCGUUCAGUUAGCGGAAAGGAGCUGUUCAAGAACAACCAUUACCUGGUGUACCCGCUCGUCGGUUUCCCCGAGCCUGCCGUCGGCGAGGCGUCGGCACGGCUGGUCCAAGAGCACCAGAGCAAGUACACCCAGACCUCCAGGAUCCUGCAGCAGAAGCAGACAGUGGAGUUAAUCCCCAUCACCAAAGUGAGCUACAAGUGGAAAGGUGACUCUCACGUGUUCUACGUUUUUGGCAACGAGCAGCAGGUCAGCGCCGCCGACUACCCAGCCAAAUGCUGCUGCGUCAUCCUCUAGACCCGCCUCUUCCAAUGCUGGCCACCAAACACACAAAACAAAAAGUGCAAAAGUUGUCGGAUCGAGAUCGUGGAUGGUCGCAGGUGCGGAGGCCUGCAUUAUCUUGGAUUCAAACAUUUAUACGCUGUGACUGUCGGAUUAUAAACACUAGUGCAAUUCGUUUUCUGAUGUGUCAUUAAGAUUUUAUAAUGUUAAAACUAGACUCUUACUAGUAGAAUGAAUUGGUACCUACUAAAAACCUCUCAAAACCUGGACACUUUGCUUGGACCGUCUCACUCUUCGCUUAGACACUCAAAUUAUGAAUCCAUCAUCAAAACACAAUUUGUUACAGAUGGCCACUAAAGUGUGCGACGCGGUGCGCACCAGACGUGCUAA